AUGGCGAACACCGACACACCUCUCAGGGACAAAGCGCGCUUCUUUCGGCAACUGGAAGCUAUCGGCAACCUGGACAGUGAAGAUGAUGACGAAGAGUUCCAGGAAGCUGAAGAGCAUCAUCGGCAACAAUUGAAGGCCUUCCAAGCCGCGGCGCAACCUCGCCAGCCGUUGCAGGAGAUGAGCCCACCAGAGCCUCUAUCGUCUCCUGUCAUCUCCCAACAAUCAAACACAAGCUCCCGAGGGUCUACAUCAGCUCCGGUCCCGGCGCCACUCACGGAGCUCAAACGGAAGGAAGUCAUUGAACGGACCCCACUUGCCGAGAUAAAGGGUCCCGGAAGGAAGGACCGGGACGUCGCUCCUGCCGCCGACAUCAGCUUUAUUGAAGAUACCCCGAUUCCGGAUACAUCUUCAAGGAAGCCUCUUCAGCCUCUGACUACACUUACAAGAAGCAGGGCCACGCCGCUCUCCACCAAAAGGCACCUUUUGCCUCACCUGACGGAUCACUCACCAUCAGUCGCCGCCAUGAAAAAGAGGAAGAGAGACCCGGCUAUCAAGCUCUUGCCGGUGCAUCAGCAGCUAUUUCGUGGGCUAAGAUUUUAUUUCAUUCCAAACGAUGAUAUUGCGCCCGCAAGGAAACUUCGGAUUCGUAAAGUGCAGGAGUACGGCGCAACCUGGGCGCGAGAACUCCAAGAUGCAACUCAUGUUAUUGUCGAUAAGAACCUCGCUUGGAAGAACAUCGAGAUGAUUCUCAGCUCCACAGGUGGUUCAUCCACAUAUACUGUCGUCAAUGAGGAAUUCCCACUGGAUUGCAUUCGCUUUAAGACAUUGCUCAAUGCUGCCCAGAAUCAGUAUCAGGUCUCUGGAUGCCCACAACGAGUGUUAGCCUCUACUAUUGCAGUUCAGCAGACCGAAACCACAGCGUCCUCUCUUCAUGACCGACCACUGAAGGCUCGUCAGACUGAUUCGAAGAAAUGGGAUUUUGCGCCUCCACCAGGGACACCUUCAAGAAGCCAGGAUUGUUCAGGGAGACAGAGCGAGAAAAUUGCAACGCCAGGUUCACCUCCUGUUAUAAGAGACACCUCUCCAACUGGCCAACCUAACGUUGCACCCAUUCCCCCAAGCCAGUUCAUCGAUGAAAACAACCAAGAGGGACCCGGUCCGGCGAUAGAGAGACCGAUGUCAACAUCUGUUGAUGAAUUGGAAACAGUUAUUUCUCAAUUGCGGCAGUUUAGAGAUCUGCCGCUGGAACACGACGAGGACGAUUUAACAGUUUCAGCAGACCCAGUUGGUUCAGAAUCAGACAGCGAGGCAGUUUCUGGAGACGAACGAAGAAGAAGUAAGCGAUUAGUCACUAAGGCCAAGGCUCGAAAGGAUUUGACCUGGGAAGACAGGUUCGUCUGUCAUAAAGGUGGCCGCAGAGAGGGCGAUCAGCAGAACCCGAAUAGCAGAACGAUUGAAGUAUUGCAACAAAUGUGUGAUUACUACACCCGGACAAACGAUACAUGGCGCCCUCUCGCGUAUCGUAAAGCUAUCACCCAGCUUAAACGUCAAUCGACAAAGAUAUCGACAGCUGAAGAGGCUAUACGGCUGCCCGGUGUUGGCGAGCGGCUUGCGGACAAGAUCGAAGAGGUUGUCAUGACCAAUCGACUCAAGCGCUUAGAGCAUGCCGAAAACGAGCCCAUGGACGAAGUCUUACAAAGCUUCCUCAAGAUAUACGGCGUCGGCAGUGUGCAAGCUGGCCGCUGGAUUGCCCAAGGCUUUCGCACGCUGGAUGAUCUUAAGGAGAAAGCCAAAUUGUCAACCAAUCAGCGUAUUGGUAUCGACCAUUAUGAUGACCUCAAUACUCGAAUUCCACGGGCCGAAGUCAAGCUCCUCGGGGCUGUUGUCAGGGCAGAGGCGGCAACGUUGGAUCCCACCGUGCAAAUCAUCAUUGGAGGGAGCUAUCGCAGAGGGGCAGAUGAUAGCGGCGACGUCGAUUUUAUUGUGACCAAAAAAGGGACAAGGUCUACAUCUGAUCUCAUAUCGUUUUUGAACGAACUGAUCAGGAUAUUAGAGGCCCAGAAAUUUCUGGUGGCCAGACUGGCAAGCUCGAGAGAUGAGGCGGACGGCAGUAAAUGGCAUGGGUGCUGUGUUUUACCAAAGAUCAAGGGUAUCAACGACCACAACUAUCAGAAAAUUUGGAGGCGCGUCGACUUCCUACUUGUUCCGGAAACAGAAAUCGGAGCAGCACUCAUUUACUUCACGGGAAACGACAUCUUCAACAGGAGUAUGCGACUACUGGCAUCGAAGAAGGGAAUGCGACUCAACCAGAGAGGUUUGUACAAGGAUGUCAUGAGGGGCCCUGGUCGGGUCAAGCUGACUGAGGGCGAGCUAGUUGAGGGCCAGGACGAGAAAAAGAUCUUUGAGAUCUUGGGAGUUAAGUGGAGAGAACCACAUGAGAGGUGGUGCUAG